CAACGGUUUUUCUUUUUCUUUUUUUUUUUCUUUUUUUUUGUGACAAAUUUUUUUUAAGUUAGAAAGAAAUGGCAUCAACAUUUGGUUUGUUUUGUAAUAGAAAUAUUUGUCGCUAUCGCAGUUAUGUAGAUUGUAGUGUUUUGUAAUCUGACAAUUGAGAAAUUAAGGCGUGGUUAUAUUAUUUGGUGCCAAAUAUCAUGUUAGAGAUGCAUGCAUUUUAUUGUGAUUUAAACUCCAUUAGCGUGCAUUGUUUGAGCUAUUUCUUAAGGAAAUAUUUAGCAUAUAUUGAUUAGUAGUCGAUACCACUUAGAUCUAAGAACGUUUUACUGUAAUUCUCUUCUGGAUCAGCAUGUAACAAUUUAGAAAUGAUAAAAGCGAAACGUAGUGGCUCAGUUCGUUCCGUUUCUGAGGGUGAUUUAGCAGAUGUUGAGCAAGAGGAGAAUUCUGUUUUGGAAUUAAAUGAGAAACUUUCCACAGAUAUCAAUAAACAAGCUCUGUUUACUUUACCUCGUUGGAUAAGUGGACGUAAGAAAAACAAAAAUAGGAUAAAGUAUAUUAAAGUAGAUGUUCCAUUUGUUCCAGAAAAUGUACGUAGAAAUGAAAAGAUUUCAACUUUUUCUGAAAGUACAGCAGAUUGCAAAAGUAUCGAGAAAUCUGCCAAUAUUUUUCGCAAACUGUUCCGAAGCAAUUCGUUUUUUUCUGUUUCUUCUAAAAAAUCUGUUGCUAAAUCCUCUUCCAAAGUUCCAAUUCCUCUUACAUUAUCGACAUCAAACACUGAUAUUCGGAAUAGCAAUGGAAUUGCUUUUCAUGGCUUCGAUUCUCAAGCUUAUUUUAAAGACCGUAUUCCUGCAGUGUGUGGCAUUAAAAAUCACGGAAACACUUGCUUUAUGAAUGCAGUUAUACAGUGCUUAAGUAAUACAGAUGGUUUCGCAGAGUAUUUUGUUAUGGAUCAUUAUAAAAUGGACUUCAUGCGAAGGAAUAAAACACAUUCCAAAAAAUAUGGUACGCGUGGUGAAGUAACUGAACAGUUAAGCUUUUUGCUUAAGUCUUUAUGGUCAUGUCAGUAUUAUCCAAAUAUUUCCAGCAGAUUGAAAAAUUUAAUAUCUAAGUAUGGAGCUCAGUAUGAAGGAAAUAACCAGCAUGAUGCUCAGGAGUUUUUGUUGUGGUUAUUAGAUAAGGUGCAUGAAGAUUUAAAUACAGCUCCAAAGCAGAAAUACAAAAGACCAAAGGGUAGCCUUGGACGUUCUGAUGAAGAUAUUGCUGCAGAAACUCUUGCAAACCAUUUAAGAUGUAACAAUAGUUUUGUACAUGACUUAUUUCAAGGCCAGUUCCGGUCAUCAAUUUGUUGUCUCGGCUGUGGUCAAUUCAGCAACACAUUUGAUCCAUAUCUUUGUGUUUCAUUACCUGUACCUCAUAGUCAAAACAUUCCCUUAUUUUUUAAUAUAGUUUUUCUUAAUGAAAAAAUGAAUAUGAUGAAAGUAGGUAUAUUGAUGGAUUCUCAAGCAACUGUUCAAGAGCUUUGUGAGAAAAUGAAUCAUAAUUUUGGAAUAUCAAAGCAAGAUGUUGUUUUCACUGAAAUUAUUAAUGGAGAAUUCCAAAGAACAUUUAAUGAUGCUGACCUAGUUUCUGUUUUCCAAGAUAAUGGAAAUAUUUAUGCAAUUGAACUAUACUUCCAGAAACAUGAUUCAAAGCUUGAAAGAGAAAUGAUUAACAUUCUUGCAAUAAAUGUAAUAGAAAAUUGUCAAGGAAGAAAAAUGUUUUGGAAGCCAUUUGCUUUAGAAAUAUCGAGGGAAUCUAGUUACAAAGAACUUAAAAGUUACAUUUUAAUAGCUGUGGGGGAUAUCAUGAAAGGUGACCAACAACAGGAAGAUGAAGAUUUUUUCUCCAUAUCUGUGGUUGAUGGUGAACCAGUGCAUGAAACAUUAAGUUCCUGUGUUGAUUUGCCCUUGUAUAUGCCUAUCAUUGACCAAGCACUUUUGUUGUGUGGCGAUACCAAAAGGCAGCAUUUGAAAUUAAUAAUACAGUGGAAAGAGAAGUCAGAAUAUAUAUUACAGCUAGAAGAUUCAUAUAUUGAUGAGCAUCCAUCAGUUAGUACAUUGUUGAAUUCAAGUGAAAAGAUUAAUAAUGUAUCAUUAUAUGAUUGUUUUGAUCUGUACUUCAAUGAAGAAAGGUUAGGAGUUGAAGAUGCAUGGAUGUGCCCAUAUUGUCAUCAGCGCGUUCCCUGUGUCAAACAGUUGAGUUUGUGGACUGUACCUGAUGUAUAUAUUGUGCAUUUGAAAAGGUUUAAACAGUCCUCAAGUGAAAGAUCAAAAAUCACUACAUUUGUAGAAUUCCCAUGCUCAGGAUUAGAUACAAGUUCGUAUAUGGCUGCUAGAAAUCAGAGCUCACAACAAAAUACACAGAGUGCAUCCAUCAAUACUUUAUCAUCCUGGUCACCUUGGAAGCGAUCCCGAUCUCGUCCGUAUUCAAGAUGGGAAGAUAAUGUAUAUGAUUUAUAUGCUGUUUGUAAUCAUCAUGGUAGUAUGCAAGGUGGUCAUUACACAGCAAUUUGCAGGAAUCCUGUUGAUGGCCACUGGUAUUUAUUUGAUGAUAAAAAAGUUCAGGAAAUUUCUUCCAGUGAGAUCUUAUCUUCUGAUGCUUAUAUCUUAUUUUAUCAACGAAGUAGCUUAAAUUCUCACUCUUGUGCCUCAUCUUCAUCCUCAGGAUAUAGCAGUGCCUCUUCUACAUAUUCAGCAAGCCCUGAUCACUGGGCAUUCCGAAUGCCUCCCUUUCUACGAGAGGUGACUAGUAAAAGUCAAGAUGAUCUGUAUGAUAUAGGGAAUACCUCAUCUUUAGACAGAAGAACUUUUUCAGUACACCGUCCAUUCAACCGUGCUACAAAGACGUACUCUACAAUUGCUUGCUCUGCAAAAACACUAAGCAAUCAUGUUCAGAUACCUAAUGAAACAAUUCCUGAUGUUAAAGAUGAAGUGCCACCACCUCCACCUCCAGCAAAACAUUACUGGACUGUAACAUCUGUGUAAAUAUGCUUCUCUUCAAGUAGAAAUGGAAAUAUUAAAUUUUUCACAUCAGAGUUGCCCAAAACGCUGUGCAGCCAUCAGCAGGUCCCUUGAACACCCGCAUCCCUUUUCUACCUGGUACUUUCCUGCUUUAUGUUAGUGCGUGGUUCAUUGGUUUUGGGAGUUGUUAAAUGACAUGCCAAUCAUUCUUUUGAAGUGACUGAAUGUAGCUCUCUUAUUUGAAUGCACCUUCCUUGUCCUUUGUUUAGUGUCAACAUUUAGCAACUGAUGCUUGCAGUUGCAAUCCUAAGGGCAAACUGCACACAUUGGGUGAAACCGCACAUAGAUCCCCAAGGUAGAAGUCAUUGUUUAACUUAAAUAAGGUUAUUUUAAUGCUGUAGUAUUCUGCUUCGCAUGGGAGAAGGAAUGUUAUCAAUGUUUUCAUAUUUUUUCUUUUGUGUGUGUUUGAAAUAAGUUUCAACUUGUUACUUUAAUAUGCAUACCAUGCAUUAUCCAAGUAAACUGAUGAGUGUAUGGACAAAAUGUCAUUUAGCCACCUCAAGGUAUUCUGAAGUGUGUAUUAAAUUUCCUGUAUUGAGUAAACUAUGUUUAUGUAAAUAAAAAAGACUUCAGUAUUACAUAAAAUUCAAUUAUGCUUUAAUUGAAAUACAUGAACGUCCAUAAUCAUAGAUUGUUUCUGUAAUAUUGCAUCAUAAAAUCGUUGUUAUUUUGUUUGUGUUAUAGAUUAAAAUUAUAGUAGCACAGUAUUAAAAAUUAUAUGUAUCUCAAAUGUAUAUUUGCAGUGCAUUUUAUUCAAACACUACUUUUUGGAGUAUUUUGUAACCAGUAUUUGAUGUACAAAUAUAAAGUUUUGUAUUCUGAAAAUGUGCUUAAAUUUGAAACUUAUUUUCUUUGAAGCUGAAAAUCAAACAUAAGGGGAAAUGGCACAUUAUUAUUUUUCUUUGCUAUAUUUUGUUGAAUCAAUUUCUCAGUCUUUUCCUUACCCCCCUUUUUUUUCCAAGCUAUCAAUUGCUGAGUUCAAUUAAAAUUGUUGAUUAGCCUCCAAUACAUUUUUCUUUGUUUUAUGUGACUCAAAAUUAGUGGACUGUAUUUGUUUGGCUUUAUGAGAUGGGAAUAAAGAAAUACAUAUGUCAAGCAGAUAGAUUGAAUUUGUUGUACUAAUCAGUAUAACAAAUUUAUAGGCAGAAUGUAAAUGCAUACUUAUUUAAUAGAUCUGUCUGUUAGGGAAAUUACAUCCAUUAGGAAAACACAUAAUAGUAAUUCAGCAUUUUAUUGCUACAGUUUAUGAAGGAAUAAAAGUUGGGAGCAUCAGGAUGAAUUUAAAGAUUUUUAGCAUAAUUAAUAUUUAUCAAGUUUCUUAAACUGCCAGAUUUUUAAUACAUGAACAAGCCAUUCUGUUAAUUCUGCUAAAGUUCAUUUACAAAUAGUUGAAAUCGUUAAAUAUCUUAAAGAAUUUUAAAAAUGUAGCCUUUACAUCUGUAUAAAUAUCUUUAUAUUUUGCUGGUAAGUGAUAUUUUUUUUAAAUUUACAUCAAAUAUUGCAAAAUUAUUUUUAAAACAUUAUGCUGUUUUUUUUAACAGAUUUUUUUUCUUUUAUUCUAAAAAAUUUUUACCUAAAUUAAACAAAUUGUGCUUCAUAUUAAUCAGCUGCAAUGUUCAUUAAACUUUUAGUUUUACUCCUUGUUUAUACUGAGAUGUAAACUUCAGGGGACAUUAAAUCCUUUAAAAAAUUCUUUACUUAGAAAUGAAGCAAAUAAUUUUCUAGAUUAGAUAAAAUAAUAAAAAUAAAUCAUAUAUUGAACUGAGUAAUUGCUAAACACUGAUUGAGAGUACAUAGGCUGCUUAGUAUUUGUAAUGUUAAUUAUUUUCAUAUGAAACUUUUUAUAUGUACUUAUGUCCAAAUUACCUUUAUAUUCAUCAAAUCACAGAUUUCUCUGAAACUGUAAAAUGUAUAUAAACUUGUGUGGAAUGAUACAUAACAUCAUAACACAUAAAAUACAGAGGAAAAAAAUUAAGAGCACUGAAUGUGAUACAAAAUUUGUGAAACGAUAAAAAUGAUAGCAAUGUGUUAUAAGAAGAGUUCAGGGGGGGGGAGAGAAUAACUCAGGAAAACUUAAAGGUUAUGUAUUUAAUAAAAAAUGUGAUCUAUCCUGACUUGUACACACAUAUCACAAUGAGUUUUCAUGGUGGAAAUAAUGUUCUUAACUAUAGUUUGGAGAAAUAAGCUCCACACUUCCAGCAAUGCAGUCUUCAGGCUAUUUAUAUCUCUAGAAGGAGGAUG